AUGCCGACUGCUCGUCGAACUAUAGUCGUCGUCGGGGCCACGGGCAAUCAAGGCAGUGGCGUCGUUCGUGCGCUACUGGGCUCCAAAUCAACAGGUUCUAAUCUAUGGCUCGUUCGGGGCUUGACAAGAGACCCAAAUUCGGCCAAAGCACAAGCCUUCCUAGCCGAGCACCAGACCGUCGAUGGCCGCCUUACUCUCGUCCCCGGACACGUGUACGACAAGGCCUCCCUCCAAGAAGCCUUCGCUGGCGCGUACGGUGUCUUCGCCAUGGCAUCCGAGUCUUAUCCCGGGAGAGUUCUAUCGAAGAAAGAAGAGAUGCAGCAUGAAAUUGAAGCGGGUCGCAACAUGGUCUUAGCAGCCGAAGAGUGUGGCAUCAAGCACUUCGUCUUCAGUAGCUUGCCGGACAUGGUCAAGACAACAGGAGGACGGUUUCUCAACAUUCACCACAUGAACAACAAGUUUGUACUAUUCCUGGGAUCCAGUAUUAGUGUGCGCUGCUAUGAAGGUUUUGCUAACAGCAAGCUAUUCGGAAAGGUUUCUUUUAUACUAACUUCAGGUGGCCUCAGUAUUGCCAGCGGCGAGGUUGGCGAAUUGACUGUUUCAACAGCGGACGGAGUCGUACAGUUCCGUAUUCCAAUCCCAGGCUAUCAGACUAUGCAAUGGACUGACCCGAUCCAUGACAUGGGCACCUUUGCAGCGAGUAAGUCUAUUUGCGCCACCAUAAACCGGAUGUGUCUAAAGGAGUCAUGGAAACGGCUGACAAUUUCCCUCUACCUUGGAGGGGUGUUUAACCUGGGCGUCGAAAAAACGCAUGGGGAGUCAUAUCUUGUCUUAGGUCCCCGAAUCUCCGCCCAUGAAAUGGUCCAGACGUUUACACGGGUCACGGGCCAGGCGGCGGUUCACGAGCCGAUUUCUGCAGAGGAGUUUGGGGAGUUGGCGGUCCCAUUUGUUGGGCCGGCUUUUAAAGAAGACGCCACGGAAAUGAUGGAAUGGAUUGCUGUGAUGCCGGCGGACAAGAUCUGCUACGGGGCCUUGGAUGCAGAUCAGGAUCAUUCUGUAACAGAGCUGGGUCUAUCAGCUACUUCCUUUGAGAGCUGGCUCUAUCGUAGUGGCUGGAGGGGUCCUACGUGA